ACUCCUUCGCAACGUGCUUCACGACGAUGGGUCUUCGCCGUAGUAGCUCUUUGGCGUGAUGAUCAUCGGCUAUUCCAGCCACCCAUCGCCCGUUACUAUCGUUGCCGUAUACCCGUGUACGUAUACACUGUUCCAAGCCCGACGGCACCCCUAGUCUUCUUCCUGCUCAGACGCCGAGUUGUCGUCUACCGCAAUGCCCUUCCUACGCCGUCGAGGUGUCAUGGCUAGUGACACCGACAUGAGACGACACACCAUUGUGGUCGAUUCGGCGUCCAGUGCCCCUAAAUCGUCAUCGCGCAAGCCUCAGCCAGAGGCGUUUUUGAGCCCCGAUGGAGCGGCGGAAAACGAAGAAGGGACGGCAGAUGGUAUAUCUGGAAAUGGCGAAGGUAGCAAAUCUUCCGUCGACACCGUCGCGAUGUCAGCUACCACGUCCAUGUUUCCUGGAAGAGAAAGCGAAGAUCCCUUCAGUCGUCCCGAGACACCCCCAAUUCAAGACGAAUCGCCGAAACAUCGUAGGUUCAGUAUGCUGAGAUUUCGCAAUGCUUCCGAUUCUCAAUUGUCGGCCCGAUUAAGACAACAGCAGCAAGCCGAGAGGCUGCCGCCCAUGCCGGAACCUCCUGCCAUCAUCAUGACAGCUCCGACCAUGACUAUGGACAUGGAUAUGCAACCUAAGAAACAACGCAUGAAAAUCCCUUUGCGGAUGCGCCGAUCCAGCGACCUUCCUAGAGGCGACCAAGAACCUACAACGAAAUUCAUUCAACCUCCGGCCAAGAAAGAUAAAAGGAAACCCAUGAACGAACGAACGACUUCAUCGUCGAGUAAACAGACAGUGACUUUCGAAGAGAGCCCGAGGUCUGAAACAUUGACCAGAUCGCAGACCAACACUACCGAUGAUCAAAGCGCUUUAACUCCCCCUGUGAAUCGUUUAUCCGAGUCUUCUAGGUCAGAAGGCAGCUUUAACGAGCACACUGCAUCUGCGCAGCAAACCGGUUUAAACCCUACAUCUUUCUUUCGUCUUCGCCGUAGACCCAAACAGCCAGAGUCCAUGUUUCCUCUAGCGCAUCUUCCUCAGAAAUCAAAGACGCCCGCAAUAUCGGGCGCGGCCUCCUCUGUCUCACGUUCUUCGACUUCAUCACGCCCUUCCAGCUUCGCAGUAGACCCAUCCCGCCCGUCUUUAGGACAAGAUGCAUCGGCGCCGUUAUCUUCUCCCUCCCAAUCUGGAAAACCAUCAGGGUCCCCUGCUACGGCAUUAUUUAGGCCUUCCUCCCGACAAUCUGGACGGUCGUCCCCGACGAGAGUGCACGUAGGUCUUCGAGGGCGAUCUUCCACUAUGAGUUCUCUCGGCGAGAACUUUAUCGACGAACACCAACGUCCAGCUACUACGCGAACCUCGUCUUCGACUGGUCGUAAAAGUUUCGGUGACCUUUUAGGAUUAAGUCGUAUGCGACAGAAUACCGACAUCUUACGACACGGGAGCUUGACUCCCGCAACUCCAGGCUCGACCACUUCGAAAAACAAUUCACUGCAAAUAAAUAGGGAAUCGGUUGUGCUACCUGAGCGCCGGGAAGAUGAUACGCCCGCCAAGUAUCUCGCGCGUCUAGAAGAGAUGUUUAGCCGCGGUGUUAUCGCUAGUGCCUUGUCCAAGGAGACAGAUCCCUUUUCUGCGGCCGUACUACGAAGUUACAUGCGAACAUUCAGUUUCUUCGAAGAGCCUAUGGACAUGGCCAUCCGGAAGCUUCUCAUGGAGGCCGAGCUCCCUAAAGAGACUCAGCAGAUAGAUCGAUGCCUACAAGCCUUCGCUAACCGUUACCAUGAAUGUAACCCUGGUAUAUAUUCUACCCCGGACCAAGCAUAUUUCAUAGCCUUUUCCCUCCUUAUAUUACACACAGAUGUGUUCAACAAGAACAAUAAGUACAAGAUGCAGAAGGCGGAUUAUUUGAAGAACACGCAUGGCGAAGGUAUUUUCGAUGAUAUACUGGAAUGCUUUUAUGACAAUAUUAGCUACACACCCUUUAUUCAUGUUGAGGACGAUCUGACCAUUAAUGGUGAUCGAUCUGGUAGCAUGCGAUCCAAGAAGAAACCCGCAUUUCCGAAUAGUACCACCACCGAAACAAUACGAAGGUCGAAAGACCCAAUUGAUCCCUAUACGUUGAUCCUGGAUGGCCGGCUCGAUACUCUGCGGCCACCUCUUAAGGACCAGAUUCCACUAGAGGAACAUUACAGUUACCUAGGCACAGCUAAAGACCUCAAUCUGAAAGAAUUACAGAACACUUUCUUCAAGACGGGAGUUCUGCAGAUUGUAUCGGCGCGAUCCCGCCCAGAUGCUUUUAUGACGGAGAAGACAGCAAACAAUCCACAAGAAGCCCAUCCGGGUAUUGUAGAUAUUAAAGUCACCAAAGUUGGGCUAUUAUGGCGUAAAGAUGCUAAGAGAAAGAAGGCGCGCUCGCCCUGGCAAGAAUGGGGAGCCAUUUUAACCGGCGCUCAGCUAUAUUUCUUCCGCAAUACGGCAUGGGUCAAAAAUCUAAUGCACCAGUACGAGACACAUAUUAAGUCGGGACAUGAUGGGAUACCACUUAUAUUCAACCCGCCCCUCGAACAAUUCAAGCCCGAUGCUCUCAUGUCGACGGAUGGUGCUGUGGCGCUUUGGGAUGCCAAUUAUAAAAAGCACAAGAACUCCUUUGUGUAUGUUAGGCAUGGCGGGCUAGAGGAAGUGCUGCUUGCACAGAACGAGGAAGAUCGAAACGACUGGCUCGCCAAAUUGAAUUAUGCUGCAGCAUUCAGGACGUCUGGUGUACGAAUGCGUGGAGUUAUAGGCGGCAACUAUGAAGGUCAAGGUCGACGUGCUAUCAGGAGACUGGACAGUCCGGAUGCCACUCAGCUCAUUCAAACGCCCAGUGGAGAAGUCAGCAUCAACCGAAGUCGGAUCGACCAUCAGAUGGCUCGGGACAUCCUCGUUGCCCGUCGAGAAAUUAUACGUCAGAAGAUUGAAGAGGCUGACGAGAAACUUCAGCACGCACAAAAAGUUCUAGAGACGCAACUCAGGAAUGCCAGGCAUUUACUAAUCCUAGCUCCAAUUCAGGAUAAAACCCGGGACCAGGUUCGAGGAGGCGCUGCGAAGAUCAUUGCGCAGCUAAAAUGGUCUCGAACAGAAAUCUGGAAAUUAAAAUGCCACCGCGAUAUCCUUGCUUUAGAUCUUGAAGAGGAGAAGGAGAUCAACGGCGAUUUAGGGGUGUAUAUGAUGGGGAUUGAUUCGACUGAGAAAUCGGUACCUGGAAAUAAAGAGUCGAUAUCCGGUCCUCAUAGUACACAACAGACAUCGCAAACUCCUGCUCCGCUUUCAUCAUCUCAGUCAGACGAAUCUGUGAAUCAGAUAGAUGGAGACUCCCCAGCGUUAGAAGACUUUGUAACCCCUCCGACCUCGGCCACCGACCCGUCAUUUCACAACGCUCAAACUUCACAAGAUGUGCCGCCAGUCAGUUCCGACAAUAUUAAAACUCGGAAAACAUCUGUUUCAAGCGUAGCCUCUUCGUCGAGGCCAGCCACUGCGGCCACACUAUCCCGGAAAGCGUCCAGCCCAGUCAUUGGACAAGAUACGGACGCCAUUGAUGAACAAGCCGAAGAGGAUGAAGGUGAAAGGCAGAUACUCGAAGAGGCGGGCCUUCUGGAGAUGGACUCGGUUCGGGCAUUAGGUCACAAGCGUACUUCCUCUGGCAAGAUUCACGAGGAUAGCUCGAACCGACCCAAACGUACAAGCGUCUCAGGGGCAGAUAAAGAAGGGCUCGAAAGAAGCAAGAUUCGCCGUAGUCUCCAUCGUACAUUAAGAGACGGCACGGGUCAUUUGUCUCACCAUCGCAGUAGGAAGGGCAAAGAUUCCGCGUCUAGCGGCGGUAUGUCGGAGGAGACAGUUCGGGAGAACGAUGUCCUCACUCGUGGUACCGGUAGCUUUACGGUACAUGGCAAGAAGGCGUCUAUUGUCAAUUUUGGGAGUGAAUUGCAGAAUAUGUCCACUGAUGAACGCUUAAGGCAGCGUAAACAAUCAUACCAAAGCGACGAGCACAAAUUUGAUUCCCUCACAAGCACGGAUGACGACUUUCACUCAGUCCUCUCUAGUCCUCGAGAACGAUCUGCUCGGCGAGGAUCGGGUGCUAGCGCUAGCACGGCGACUGCUCGAUCUUUCCGGGAGCUGCACCGGAAAUAUUCGUCGUCGAAGACUCACCGCUACACAGUCACAGGAGGCUUGACAGUUCCAUCUGAUGAAGAUAGCGACGCAGCUAUAAGCUUCUCGGAUGGUCGAAGAUCACCUUUGCCACCUCUAGACGAUGAAGACGAAAGUCUCGAAGAGGGUCGGGUAUCACAGGCUCGAUUUUAUACGCCCGAGCCCCCUAUUUCUCCUACCCAGAAAGCGUCAGAGGCGGGAGAAAAAGAUGAGGAGGAGUCCCAGGAUAUAGAGCAGCUACCCAGCCCCGUCAUCCAGACAGUUGGCGCGUAAUUCUUCUUCCUCUUUUUUUUGUCUUUUUUUUUUAACGUGGUUACAAACCAUAAAUGCCGUGGUACUUGUUGCGUUGUGUUGUUUUGGUUCUGACGGGGAACGGUUUUAAUAACCACCAUUGCAUAGGAGUUUAUAGAGGGUUCGGAUUCAUAACAGGACAAGGCGAACGGGAAACGGCUACACACGCUCUCGAACUACAAGCGCUUGAAAAAAAAAAAAAGAGAGAUGACAACAACAAUCUAAUAAACGUGUGUUGUAUGUACUGAUAGAGAAAAGGGGGCAUCAGUGCUUCCGACGAAAGACAGAGAGGGCAAAGAGCAUCCGAUCCGAAACAAA